CGAAGGAGAAGCUCGUCUGCAAUAACUGAGACGCACAACUUGCAUAAUAAUGCCUGUUGACACAGAACUUUAUGACCUCCUUGAUGUUCCCUACGAUGCAACCGCAGACGAAAUUAAGAAGGCAUAUCGACGAAAGGCCAAGGAGCACCAUCCUGAUAAAAACAUCAAUGACCCUGAAGCCAGCAAGCGUUUCCAAGAGAUUGGAACUGCAUAUGAGAUAUUAUCUGAUCCCGAAACCAGAGAGGUUUACGACGAACAUGGGCUAGAGGGUCUUACGAAAGGAGGUCCUGGUGGACCAGGUGGUGUUGACCCUGCAGACUUGUUCGCAGAGCUAUUUGGCAAUAGCGGCUUUUCAUUCACAUUUGGCGGCGGACCUCGUAUGUCACGACCGCGGAGAGGAGAAGAUUCCGUAAUACCGUAUGAAGUGACCCUUGAGGACCUAUAUAACGGCAAGCACGUGAAGAUGAACAUGGAGAAGGAGAUCGUCUGUGGCGUUUGUCGCGGAUCUGGAGCAAAGGGGAACGCGAAGCCGAAGCCCUGUCCUAAGUGUGAAGGGAAAGGAUGGACGUUUACGACGAGCUCCAUUGGACAGUCAACAUAUGGGCAAUCGCGAGUCCUGUGCACUGAGUGCGAAGGCGUUGGCGAGAAGCUCCGUGAAAAAGACCGCUGUAAGAAGUGCAAGGGUAAGAAGACCGUCAAAGAAAAGAAGCGUCAAGAAAUCUUCGUUGAGAAGGGUAUGACGGACCACCAACGCAUUGUUCUCGCGGGUGAGGGCGACCAAUCGCCAGAUGCUCCCGCCGGAGACGUGAUCUUCGUCCUUAAAUUACAGCCGCAUCCCGCCUUCGAACGAUCAGGCAACGACCUACUUGCGAAAGUGCAGAUUACGCUGUCCGAGGCCUUACUCGGCUUUUCUCGCAUCCUCCUUACUCAUCUUGACGGUCGCGGGAUUGAGGUAACAAGCCCACCAGGAAAGAUUAUCCGACCUAGAGACACUAUUAUCCUACGAGGGGAGGGAAUGCCACAUUACAAGAAUCAAGAUCUCAAGGGUGACUUGUACGUCAUCUUUGACGUUGAGUUUCCCGAUGGGAAUUGGGCGACGAGCGUUGAUCAAGCGGCCCUAGAAAAGUUGUUACCACCGAAGAGGCCAGAUCUGGACCCCCGGCCUGCCGUAGUGGACGCACCGGCGUUUGAGGAGGCUGACUCCGCCGAUGUGCGUACGCGCUCUUUCACCGCGGGCGCUGACUUCCUGAAUCAGUCUGCAUUUUCUGCUUUCCAGUUCGGCGCGGAUGAUGAAGAAGAUGCGUGGACCGAUGAUGAUGAUGAAGAGAAUGGGCACCCUGAAUGUCAGACGCAAUAAUAGCAUAUUUGGGCUUUACGUGUGCAUACUGUUGGGGCAUCGCCCCCACUGUCCACCACUCCCUUUCUUUUUUCUUGUUCUUCCUUUCGCGCAACUCUCUCAUGCUAACCCAUUCGUCAUAUUUUUCGUCCUUAAUCUCCAUGCUGUACCUACACUCAGUAUUUGCAUACCUUCCUUACCUUAUAGACUCUAGCCACACAUCC